AGGCAAAGAAUCAUAGAUCUCACACUCACACGACCAUUAGUAGUACAGUUCGGAAAGAAUUGGCAUCCUACGAAAAUCCCCACCAACAGCAUCCUCCACCCCCACGCAAAAUCACUCCAGCAAAGCGUAAUGCUAGUACUGAAAGUUUUGAAAUGCUUUCGAACAGAACUAAAGAAGAAUGUACCUGUGCUUCGUACAGCCCUAACCCAAUUGAUGGGCGAAAAUGUAAAAAGUGCAACCUUAACCCAACAGCAUUAAGUGAGGCCCAGCAAUCACAGAAGAAAUAUAAUUCAUCGAAGUAUAAAGAUGCUUCAACUUCGCCAAAGUCGAACAGCCCAUUACGGGUCCCAUUGGAACCCAUUCAAAGCCCGCGAAGUCCGAAAAGUCCCAAAAGUCCACGUGCGGAGGCAUCUACAGAUACUAAAUUCGAUUUUCCUAAUUCCUCACCAAAAACAGAAAACCAUUACAAAAGAUUAUCAACGUUGAGCAUAAAUGGAUCCGGAAAAAAAAGCCCACUUAAACACCCGCCCUCCUCGCCUAAAUUAAGUCCCAAUAAACUUGCACCGUUAGCCAGAAAUGAUCGGGUACUGGAAAAAAGCAAUUCUCUCGGAGAAGGUAAGCCGCAGAAGCAACUUCGCACCACAAGGAGUCUAUCUCCUAGACCACCAGUAAAACACCAACACUCUAUUAUGGUCUCAGAUGAAAAUGAUAUUAUUUCCGUUAAACUGUCACCAAACGAAGAGUUUGUUGAAAGUGAAGAAAAUUCAAAUAAAGUGUAUGGAGAAGGGGAAACACUGUCAGCUGAAACGAAGACACAUAGUGAAACAACGUCGCCAAACCAACCCGAAUAUGUAUGUUUAAAAUUGGACGACGGAAGCUUGAAUAGUGCCAACAACAGGAGUACCAGCUGCUUGGUAUAUGUUCCAGCAGAUCCGUGGACGCGAAUGGCCAGUAGCAGUUCUUCUGUUUUAAAGGAAUUAGAAACUAAAAGAAUAGAGAACAAGUGUUUUAGCAAGCCUAAUUUAGACUACCUAGAAGAUUCCGAUCCUUGGGUAUGGCGGUCAAAUAUCACUUUGAACGAGCGCUACACAAAAAAGCAAGCAUCUCUUCCACAUCAAACUAAAUCUUUGAGUAGUGCACACAGUCGAGAUGAGUUAGAUUCAAAACAAAAAACCCGGUUAUGCCAACAGAGGUUACACUCAAAAUUUGAGAAAAAUCUUACUAUACCUGGCAUAGAUUUACACUUUGAUGCAAGAAAGAAAAUUACUCGUCCCAAGUUGCAACGUUCAAAAUCGCCCGCGUUUUAUGAAGACUUUUUCCAACCGGAAAAGGAUAAAAGUCUAAGUAAAACUAGCAAAUCUGUGUCAUCAUCAAAACUAGAAAAUAACACCAGUAACUCGAACAUCAAUGGUGCCAAAUGUAGCUGUUGUGAGGUGAAUUCAUUUAGUCGCCUUAAUAGCAACAGCGCCAACUGUCAGUCACAGUGUGAACACAUAUACAAAUCCACAACGAGCAUUACCUCCCCUACGAAUAAAAUGCAAUCUUCCCCUAAGUGGACCAUUCCUCAGACUCCUAAGUUAAAGCAGCAACCAGAAUUAGUCAAAGCAACUUUAACAGUACUUAAUCUAAACCUGUUGCAACCACGUCACAGCUUUUCCACGGUACCGUCAUCAUCAUCAUCAAAAGAAGACGAACUACAAUUGAAUAUCAGGCGAUUGAGUGAGCAGAUGAACAAAUAUAACGGAACCAACAGUUUUCUAUCCCAUACUCAAGCUCCAAAUUUCAUGAACGAUACAAUACCGUUAGAACGAAAAAAAACAAGUGGCAGUGGUGGGCUGAUGACCACAUCUGCUAGCAUUGGCUCGGUCACAGAUUCGCAGAAACGCGCUUCAUCGCAUUCGAAAAUAGACGAGCCAAUACUGGAAACACGCUGCUGAAGUCUUAGCUGUAAUACUCUGGUGUGUAGAUAGUCAACAGUUUCAGUUUUUGUUUUAUUGUCUUAAUUUGAGUGUUGAAGUUCUCUUGUUGUUGAAUUGUCGAACAAGCAUAAAACCAAUCGCUGCGUAUUAACACUAGUUGCGAACUAGCUAGUCCAAAAAUGUAAUCUGUCAUCAAAAUGCAAAUAUUGAUCAUUGCUUAUAAUCAAGAAAGCGAGUUUGCAAACUUUUUUUUUCUACCCUGCUGGAGUGUAAUACUUUUUGUUACGGAUUUCCUCAAUUGAACAGAAAACAAUUGUACUUGUGAAAGUUUAAUAAUGUGGACCUUUACUCAUACCACGUUUUGUUGAGGAUACAAAUUAUGCUUAAUUCUAAAACAUUCUUAUAUUGAUUUGAGUCACAGUCUUGUGUGACAAAUUUAAUUUUAAUCUAAUAACAAGUAUAGUUCCUUUUUUUGAUUCUAGCU